AUGGCGACCCGCAGGCAGUCGCUCCAAGAGCGACCCAUUCAGUUUGACCAACAAAAGGUCGCUGGAAGCGAUGAAAGCGAAGAAACCCCAUUGUCUCGCCGCAUCUUUGAGUUUUUGGAUCAGGGCAACAACGGGGUGAUUCGUCCAGACGCGCUGCAAAGUCAAUUCGACAAGUGCGGGCUGAGAACGGAUGAUCCAAGGAUUGCCACGCUGUGUGACAAGCUGAAAGCCAACCCGUCGCUCGAGAUCAGCAUUGACGUGUUCGAUGAGCUGACAAACGACUCGUGUGGCAUCAUCGAGAAGGGAUUCACAGGCCAGUUCUGCAUCCCAAACUUUGACGACUUUCGCUCGCGUGUGGACCGCUUGGUGGAGGAAACGUGCCGGAAUGCGGGAGUCGAUACCAAGCACAACACUGCAGACGCCAACACGUUUGUUGUUUCGAUGUGCACGGUCGACGGCCAACGGCACGUGUCUGGCAACCAAGACGAACUGAAUGUCGAGAUCUGCAUGGAAGGGUGCUGCAAACCAAUCUUGUACGGAAUGGCAAUGGAGUCGAACCCGGGAAUUGACAAUUACAUUUCGCAUGAGCCGAGUGGACUGGAUUCCCAUGCGACGAGCCUGCAACUGAAAGACAAAAAACGCCGCCCGCAUAACCCACUCAUGAACACUGGUGCCCUCCUGUCGUGCGCAUUACUGGGUCAGCCGGGGCAAACCCUGAUUGAAAAGCAUCAGCUUUACGAAGCGCGGCUCAACAAUCUGUUUUCCCGAACACCGCAGGAGCAGCCUCGACGCGCCGUGUCUCUAGAAGAAAAGAAGUUCUCAAGCCGAAACAUGUCGUUGUCGUACAUGCUGGACGACGCCAAGUGCUUUCCUCCUAACACCGACGUGGACGAAGUCGUGCAGCUCUUCUUUCGAGCGUGCGCCGCCACCUGCAGCGUAGACGAACUGUCCCUGUUCGCUGCGAUGCUGGCCAACGGUGGCCUUCACCCCAUUACAAAGGCGCGCAUCAUGCAAGCCCAGUCGGUGCGCCAGUGUUUGUCGGUCAUGUUUUCGUGUGGCCUGGGCACGUACAGUGGCGAGUGGUCCUUCCACGUAGGCAUUCCUGCCCUCAGCUCGCUUGGUGGCGCGAUGCUCGUGGUCGUGCCUGGUCUCAUGGGAUUUUGCUCCUUUUCGCCGACGCUGGACCGGUCCAACAACAGCGUCAACGGCGUCGAAUUCUUCAGAGCACUGUCUCGGACGUUUACCUUUCACAACUUUGAUUCGCUCCCCAUGAUCAAUUUCCAACGAAAGGACCCGCGGCGUGAUUCCAGGACCAUCCAAGUCGAAAUGACAACCAAACUGCUCAUCGCCGCGGCUGAAGGUGAUGUGUGUGAAGUGCGCCGCUUGCGGUCGCGCGGCGCCAAUCUCGAUGCGAUGGACUACGAUUCCCGCACUGCAUUGCACCUGGCUGCGUCGGAGGGCAAGAUCCGAGUGGUGAACUACCUUAUCAAGCAUCACGUGCAUCUGUCUCCAGUCGAUCGAUGGGGAGGAACUCCCAUGUCGGACGCCAUCACGUUCGGACACUUGCACGUGGCGCAGUUGCUUACGAAAGCAGGAGUGAUUACGAAUUCUACCAAGCAUGCGAAAACGUCGUCGCGAUUCAAAGCGAAACGACCUGUGCUGCUCCAAGACAUGUCUGUGUUUUACGCCGCGUAUUCUGGGGACUUGCAGAGCUUGAAAGUGUCUUUCGGCAGUGGCCUCAAUUUUGCGGCGCUCCGAGAUUACGAUGGCCGAACACCAUUGCAUGUGGCUGCCGCGGAAGGGCGCUUGGACGUUGUCAAGUUUUUGAUAUCGACGGCACGCGUGCCGAUCCUCGUCAAGGAUCGCAAUCGUAACACGCCCAUCUCGGAAGCCAAACGCGGUGGUCAUGCUGCCGUCCUCGAGUUCAUGCGAAAGCAACUGCAAACCCCCGCAACAGAGAGCAAGCGGCACUUUCCCGUGCAUACCGUGCCCCAAACCCCUCGCCACAUCGAGGAGAAUAGCGACGACGAAUUGGAAGAGUACGAAGUGUCCAGCCACUCGGCCUUUCAGUUCCUCGCCAUGGCCACCGAAGAUGAAGUGACCACCGACGAUGCCAAGGUGAACGUGUCGACCUUGAUCACGACGUUGCGCCAAAACGGGUUGCUCGAGGACGAUCCCCGCCUCAAGAAACUCGUCGAGAGCGUCAAGUUCCUCGGUGCCGAUGCCACGUUGUCCGUCGAGCAGUACCGGUACUUGACCGAAAGCGGCGCGAUUCUGCUGGAGCGGGCGCUCGCGCAGUCGUUAAUCAUUCCUCGAUUCAACGACUUUUGUGACGAGCUCAUCGACAUCUUCGAAGCGGCCAAGCUCAACCAGGAUGGCCACAUCGCCACGUAUAUUCCGCAGCUCGCGAACGUGGACCCGGAGAAAUUUGGGAUGGCACUGUGCACUGUCGACGGACAAAGAUUCAGCCUUGGUGAUGCGAAGGAUCCCUUUUGCGUGCAGUCGUGCAGCAAAGCGAUUAGUUACUGCUUGGCCGUAGAAGAACUGGGUGUGGACAAGGUGCACUUCCACAUGGGAUGCGAGCCGAGUGGCCUGCGUUUCAACGACUUGAGCUUGCUCGACCGCGGCGGCAGUCGCGUCCCGCACAACCCGAUGAUCAACUCGGGCGCCAUCAUGUCGUCGUCGCUCAUUCGAAGGGACCUGCCGCUGCACCAGCGGUUCGAACACAUCAUGCAGACGUGGAAAGCGCUGUGCGGUGACACGCCGGUGGGGUUUGACAACUCGGUCUGCCUCUCGGAGCGAUCGUCGGCCGAUCGGAACUGGUGCUUGGGCUACAUGAUGCGCGAAGCCGAGUGUCUGCCGGACGACACCAACUUGGCGGAAGCACUCGAGUUUUACUUUGAGCAGUGUUCGUUGACGACGUCGUGCGAGUCGUUUUCUGUGCUGGCGGCAUCUCUGGCAUCUGGCGGUGUCUGCCCCCUCACGAACCACCGCGUGUUCGAAGCCGAGACAGUCAAGAAUUGUCUGUCGCUGAUGUUUUCGUGCGGGAUGUACGACGCAAGCGGAACCUGGGGCUAUUCGGUGGGCAUUCCAGCCAAAUCGGGCGUGUCGGGGGUGCUGCUGCUCGUGAUCCCCAAUGUGCUGGGGCUUGCGGUAUGGUCGCCCCGCUUGGACGAGAUCGGGAACAGCGUGCGGGGCGUGCAAUUCUGCCAAGAACUGGUCAAGCGGUUCCCGUUCCACAACUUUGACCCGUUCGUGGAGCACUUGAAGAAGCCAUCGCCCGUGUACCACGCCGCGGCCAGCGACUGCACGACCACCGACCCUAAGAUGCGUCGCAAACUCGCGUACCAGCUGCUGUACGCGGCGUACGAGGGCAAUGUCGAAGAGGUCCGCCGGCUCAAGUUGCACGGCGCGAGCGUCCAUUCCUCUGACUACGACGGGCGCACGGCCAUGCACAUUGCUGCCUCCAUGGGCCACGUGGCGGUGGUCAGGGAGCUGCUGCGUCAAGGUGCGGACGUUCGCGCGAUAGACCGGUGGGGCGGCACUCCCUUGACCGAUGCCGAGAGAUACGCGCCAUCCAAUGCUGGCGAUGUCGUCACGCUGCUGCAGAACGCGCUCACGGUCAAUGCGUAAUGGGAUCGCAACCAAGAGAUUGGGCACCAAAGGGCGAUGAAAAUCGCGGCACCACCACGGCAUAGAGUACAACUGCAUAUCGAUGUUUAACUUGAGAUGGGUAUUGCACGGGCAAUUUACGAGGGAAACCUAAGCUUGAAAAAGAAUCACAGCGCCAA